AGCUAUUCCUACAAAACACUUAGAAAAUGGUGCAGCGAGUGAGCUGCGCCGAGUCCAGAGGAGGGAAAAGCCUCUUUGUGUUCUGCUGCCACUUUCGGUUCCCCGGAACUCACAAAUAGAUACAAUGGCAUUAUAUUGAUAUUUUCUUUCUAUUGUUUGAUAGAUAAUCAUAGCAUGUGAGCUUCACCUUAGUCCACGCUCUAAGUUCGGCGCUUCAUAACAAGCUUCCCGGAGAACCAACCGCGGCUACUAAAGUUAAGGUGGCCGUCCGAGUUCUCUUCCUCAUCGAAGACAUCGCCAUUCUUUUUUUUUCAGUAGAAGCAGAGACCAAAGAUGACACCAAGAAGGAGGCUUCUGUUGCUCUAAAAAUCUUCAAAGAGGGAAAUCAAGACCUUGUUUUCGAGAGAGGGGCUGUUAGUGCGGAACCCGCGUACGAUAAAAUCGGGAUGGCGGAUAGGGUCAUAUCCAAGGCUGCUGCAGCGGCCGCUCUUCUCCAAGCGCAAGCGGAAGCGUACUUGGAAGCGGAUCUUGAUACGAGCAACAGCCGCCAAACUAAGACUUCUGGACUCAAUAUUAAUCUAUUACUUUGAAGAUAGUGGUAUGGUAAAUUAUAUUGACUCUGAGAAUUUACUAGAGGAUUUCUGAUCAUAGAAGAAAGUCUGCUGAUAAAGGGUCUUUCGCCGUCUGUAGUUUUUUUUGCUACAUUGUUGGAGGAAAGCUCUCAACCUCUAGCGGGUCAUGAUCGAGUGCAUUUCUCAAAUCUAAAAGAGCCUGCCUGCUGUGGUAUCAAGCUACUGUUAAUGCGGCUACGAUCAAAGUGGCGGCUUUACGACGUAAAGUAACCCACUUAUUAGUCUCCGGACUUGAGGUCAAGGAUAACGGACGAAAGGUGAAUAGAAUUACGGCUCUUUGGAGUUCAUUAUUGAGUGUUUCCUUAUCUACAGCCAAACACAAGCCAUAGUCCAUAUCUGUGGCAAAAACGAAGGGCAGAACUUUUAAUACUAUUUAGCUUACGUUUACUCCUGAGCAUAUAUUGGAUCACAAUGCUAUUGCUAUUAAUGCACUGUGGUAAUGCAAAUGCAUUGACCAAUGUACCGUCUAGGCGAGACAAAAGUGGGCAAGGAUGAUGUCAUUGAUUGUCUUGACUUGUCUUUGUUUUUCCACAGCGUUCACUACUUCCCAUCUUCUCUCACUUCUCUUCUGAUUUCGAGAAAGCAUCAUCUUUUGAAAUUGACAAUACUUGCAAUUUGAAUAUCUAGAGGUGAUCGUGAUGUCAGAUGAAAUUUAUUAGUAUCAAGCUCAUUAUUUAUUAGUAUCAAGCAGCCGCUGCAUGUCUAUGACCUUGCACGGCGCAGAUAUGCGGGAUAGCUACGCCAUCUUUUUAGAAAUAUUUCGUUUUCUUGCAACUUCAAGCGUGCUUUAAGAUAAAGAGGCCGUUCACAUCCGAAGCUGCAGUGAGUAUUUUCCGGGAGGCCGCCAAAUUAAGGCACAUGUAAAUAUAGAUAUUUUUAAUUCUUCAUGAGAUUACUAUGUUUUUUGUUAAUCUCUCAUGAUGAGAGUCUCCACCUGUAGCGUUGUUUCUCGAAAAGAGUUCUUUCCACCUGAGUAUGAUCCUCGCCACAGUUGUUUAUUGCAUCACUGUUAGAACACUGAAAACCUAGAAAACUAGACCCGCAGGGGAGUCAAGUUGGAAACAGUAUCCCCUUCACUAUACCUGCGAAGGUUGGAGCAAGUCCAUUCAGUUUGAUGAUUCUCAUGCAGUUUCAAAGUGUGCUUGUUCAUGUCAAUGAGUAUCAAACUACUUGCCACGCUAGGGAUCUCGGUGCUGAUGUUCUCGAUCCCGAUAGUAUUCCAUUCCUAUGGUGAUCAUCCUGAUGGUGAUCCCCUUGGUGUGAUCUUGUUGAUCUUUCUACUGGUGUGAUUCUGAUCCUGUAACCAUUUGGUUCACGAUCUUGGUGGACCUCUUGACUGAGAUCCUUGAGCCGUUUCACGUUGUUGAUCUAUCCAUUAUCAUUCUGCCCAACAUUCCCCCUCUCAGUGACAACGAUGAAGGCCUUUGCCCUCGUCUUGACACUGGAUAGAGAACACCAAGUCAGAAACGACAACGACAGUCAACCAGCUCAAAGUCAACACCAGAAAGACAACAGUCACUCACUAUUAGAAAUGGCUACGGUCAUCUGAGACACCAACCGAUUGGAAAUCAAUGUAGAUUCCACUAUCUAUGCGGACAAAAACCCCCGCAGGCACCUAGCUGCCCGCCCCCAGUGCGCUACCGAUGAUGCGGCGCACGGCAUGGGAGGAAAACACCGCUUUCCAUAGGUUCCCGCAGUCCCCUAUGGCCUUGAUACUUACCCCACAUUCCCCCUCAAGCGAUGCAGCAAUACAACGCACGCGCGUCGCGCUUCAUGUCGCUGAGCGAAAUGCCAGGCGGUGUUUGGAACACCAUCAAGGGUUUCCCCAUUGGUUUGGUAAGAGGAUCAGCUCGAUUCAAGUGAGUCGGGCAAUAGCAGAUGUCCUCUGCGUGAUCCUUUACCGCGUGAAAACGCAUUUGGAAACUCUUCGUUUUCUUGGUGGGUAGGGAGGUCCCUGCCACCAUGAUGGAAGACUGAUUGUCACAGAAAAUUUGUGGCAGCAUAGCGUUGGACGCAUACCACUCCAUAAAGCCUUGAGACUUCACAAGUUGGAGCGUGUCGAACAACGCGACAUACUCGCUUUCGCAAGUGCUAGUUGCUCUAAUGGAUUGCCUCCUGGAGCUCCAAGCAACUGGAGUACCCCUAUAAUAGAGUAUACUACCCGAGCAGCUACGCAGUGUGACUGUACACCCCGCAUAAUCUGCAUCAGAAAAUGCCACAAAGUCUCGUAAGUCAGACUUCUUUUGACUCUUGAGGACUCCCUCAUAAGUCUGGAAGAAUUCUUUCUCCCGGGUUGGACUGUAUUCCACCCCACAAGACGCUGUUUGCAGCAUGUACCGCAGCACACGUUUGGAAGCUGUCAUAACUGCCGAAGUCGGAGUCGUGACAUGCCUCGCAACGCGGUUCGCCGCAAAUAAACAGUCUGGUCUUGCUUGUGUAGCAAUGUAUUGCAAACCUCCGACGAGACUUCUCAGUGGAAAGUUUGAAUCUUCUGAGCCUUCAGUAAGAUCGCUAUAAACACAAGGCGACUGAAUAGCCCUUCCUGGUUCUACCUUGAACUUCUCGGCUAGCUUCUUGAUGGACUGUUCUGCGUCGAGUUUCAUCUCCUUCGACUCUCUGGUGUACGAUAGUCGCACCCCCAAGAUAUCGCGGAUUUGAGUUCUCUAGUCGGCAGACCAUUCAGCAUCAAUUACUUUACCAUCGAAAUGCGCCAGGAUUUCCUUGAUAACUUGGUCUACUUCCUCCUGUGUGUUGGCACUAACUAGGGAGUCAUCAACGUAGAUGGCUAUAGUUACACCUUUGCGCCGGAAGAGACCGGGCUCAUUGGGACAUCUUUCCCAACCUGUUUUCAGUAGGAAGUUAGAGUAGCAAUCAUACCACUUUCUAGGAGCUAUCUUCAGUCCGUAAAGGCUUUUCAAUAGUCUCACAACGUCCCCACGCGGGUCCGCAGACCAAUGCUUUGGAAGUCUAAUGAACACGCGCUCAUCAUCCCCCAGCUCGCUUCUAACGAAUGCGUUGGAGAUGUCAAACUGGCCUAAGGCUUUGCCAUUGGCAGCAGCAUCAACUAACAACACCCUGUUAGCCGCGUGAGAGACUGUUGGCGAGAAGAUAUCGGCCAUACUAACUUUCGUCUGACUAUUGCCUAAAGCAACGCAGCGAGCCUUGUAUCUACCACAUCGCUUCUUUGUGUAUAUGACAACACACGGGACAAUCUCAUCAUCAUCCAUGAGUUCACCAUCAUGCAGAGCUCGCCAAACAUUACAGCUAUCUAGCUGCAACUUUUCAAGGUUGUCAGCCUCCAUGAAUUUCACAGAGUCAGGACCCUUCAUGGCUUCUGCACGAGUAACCUGAACAGUAAAGGAUAUUGCCACUUCCUGUUCCUCAAGAUCCAACAUAGGACCCCCAAAAGCUGUAAACGCACUUGCGACGUUAGCUUCUGCUAUGUCAUCCUGCGGAAGUUCUUGCUGAGUUCCUUUUCCCUUUUUCUUCUUUCGACCACUGGUUUUCCAGUGCGGACACUGUUCUUUUGUCAGGCCCGUAGGACGACCUCGCCUAAGCCGUACUUUGAUCAUCGUUCCGCCACGAUUGACCAUUUUGAAGGGAUUCAGAUCGUCAUCUAUUAGAUGUGAACAAUCUGGGGAAUCCGUCGCAGGACCUCCCUGAGGCUGUUGCGCGUCGACUAGGACCUUGUCCCACGCAUGAAACUUACUUGAAUCAGGUUGCCCUGCUCCUAAGCGUUCCACUUCUUUCUCUGUUUUGCCUCUUUCGACAGGAAUUUCAGUCGACCCAUUUGGAUUCGGCUGUUGGUUGAUCGGUCCCACCGCCGGUGGCUGACCGUCAGCUGAUGAAGACGACGAUGGACUUCCAUCUGUCGGCUGAUCACCAGGGACUGUUUGUUUUGCUGUGCCUUUGCCAGCAUCAGUCACUUUGUUUCCUGAAGGCACAUCUGUGCCUGAUGGAUUCUCCGUUUUCCUUCUCUUGGCCUCCGGGCUAUCCGCCCCCUCUGAAGUUUGCGAUCGCUCAUCGCCGCUCCCUCCGAGUGCUGCACAGAGGUCGCGACUCCUCCUUACAACAUCGGCAGGAUCAGCUAUGCGCAAUUUCCGCUUCAUAGGCAACGGAUCGCCAUCGGUCCUAAGAGAAUCUAUAUCAUCAAUGAGACAAUCUUCCAUGAACUUCACGGAAGCAUUCUCGAUGACCUCAAACUUUUCUUUUCCAUUGACGUCUUUACGCCAUACGCCUACAAGAUACGCGGAAUUCUCUCUAGAAUACCCGAGAAAGAUCCCCUUUUCGAAUCUGUCCUCCAGCUUUGUUAGCUGCGUAUGGAUUUUGGCGUAGCACAUGCAGCCAAACCUCCUGAGAUGUUUAAGGGAAGCCUGAUUGUUGAACCUUUGCUGAUAGGCACUUGGCUUGUCUUUCCUCCUCUGUAGACGGUUAAACACGUACGCAACGUAGCGCGCGCACCAGUCCCAGACGGCUGGGUCUACUCCUUGGAUAUUCGCCCGAAUGGCAUCUGCCAUCGUGCGCAUCCAACGUUCGACUUUGCCAUUCUGUUGAGGUUCGUAGGGAACUGAAUGCGUGGGAUGGAUAUCCAAUUCCGCACAUGUCAGAUUCCAUUUACUACCAGGCCCUUUUAGUGUAGGCUCAUUAUCAGUGCGAACCCUUUUGGGUUUGCUGCCCAUCUCACGGCAGUAUUGCUUUAGAGCUGCACCACAGUCAGACUUUUGCGCUAUGGCAUACACUUCAACCCAAUCCGUAUGAGAGUCUAUCAAGGCAAAGGCGUACUCUUUACCUAAGUGACUCGCUGGCAGCGGUCCCAUGAAGUCACAAUCGACCUGAUCAUGCCAGUUCUCGACGAUGUAACUUGGAUCACGCUGUUUCUUGUGAGACACUUGGCCAUACGUUUUAGCCUUACUUAGCACAAUCCGGACAAGGAACCACUUGGCCCCAGACGUUGAAGUGCGCUAAUCUCUGAUGCAGUCUUAGCUUGUUUUGUGGGUUUGACACACUUGAGAUAAAUGAACUGUGCGCUGACGCUUCUGUUUCAAAUGAAACAGUUGCCAUCGGCACUCCGUUCUGAAGCUCAGCGAUGUGCCUUUCACCCGAAGGAUCAUAGACAAUCCGUGAGUUCUUUGCGUAACGAAGCUCACCUCCCGCUUGCGUUAGCUCUUCCACAGAGAUGAGCUGCUGACGCAAAUCAGGAUGAUAAAGCCCCAUCACCAAACCCAGGCUGUUAGCCUUAAAGUACCCAACUCGGGCCCUUGUUUUACAAGGUCCAUCUGCUGUGCUCAGGGGAAGCGUCACACCUGUGAACUUCUUGAACGCAGAUUUGUCACCCGUCAUGUGAUGGGAUGCCCCUGAGUCAACAAUCCACUUGGACUGCCGGCCCCCCUCUGAAGGGUUACUUACUUUGCUAUUUGCACUAGCGCCAGCAUUCCCGAAGGCUUGCUUGUGACGUAGUGUCGUGCGCGCUUGCCCACCUACAAAUGCAGGAUUAGCUUGCGCCCCGAAGCUAUUCCUCCAGCUCCUACUUUUGUUUACCGAAACUACCGCGACCGACGAAGAUGAACUGCUUGAACUUGUACCCGUGUACAAGUCCGACCUUGUCCUUACCGACUCACGUGAGACCGAUGAUCUUUGUUGUCUUGGGCUUGUGCCAAGGUCAUUUUGUUUGGACAAGAUUUCCCCCGCAAAGGUGCCCUCUACCGACUCACAUGAGACAGAUUGGCACUCAUCCAAAGACCGAAAAUACGACUCGGAAACCGACGAGAAAUCACUUGAAUCUUCCUUUUCUUGUUCUGUCGCUCUGGUUUGCUGUUGCCCUUUGAACACAUGCACAAUAGGCUGAAAAUUUGACGCAUUACCUAGUACGUCUGCGGAAAAUACCUCAGCACCAGCCACAGAAGAACAAUACAAAGUAGGUUCAGCAGGGACAGACAUCUCGAUGCCACCUGUAGUAUCCGCCAUCGAAGAUUUGUCUUCUUCGUCUUCGUUGGGAAGUAGGAAGGUAACCUUCUUGCCCUCCUUUUCUUUGUUGUAAAGCUCCAGCUCCACCUCCUUCAGAACCUUCAUGCGCAUCUUCUCGGUCUCCUCAGACUUGAACUUCAUGUGAGCCAAGUCACCCGGAGAACAAGCAAGAACGCGCUUCAGCUCUUGAAUCUUGGUAGGAUCUUCACUCUGUUCUUCAGCGUUGGGAGUCAUGUCAGCGUCUUCUUGAUGGUCUCCGGCCUGAACGGAGUCAACAUCACCGACAAUGACUGAAUUUCCCUCAGCUUUCUUCUUGUUUAGUUUGUCCCGCAAGCUCUUGGGAGCUUUGCUUGGAUCUUUUGCCCAGCACCCAGAUUCAAGAUGUCCGGAUUUGUUGCAGUGCGAGCACCACUUCUCAUCCUUCUUCACCUUCUUCUUGUGCGGGUCUUUGCCCUUUCCUUUUCCUUUACCCUUGUGGGCAAGUUUAUCCUUCAAGGAUUGGACUUGUUUCUUCAGGCUUACUACUGCAUGUGCAGCAGCGUCCUGUUCGUGGUCACCUCCUUUGAGGUCCUGCAGAGCCGCGAAUUCGCGCAGAGCAGGUUUGAUGACAUCAAGUGAUGUCUCUUGGCGUGCCAACAUGGAAGACGAUACGACAUCGAACUUCUUAUCAGCGCCAAUGAGGACGCACGCGGCCAAGAACUCUUUAGCAUCAAUUUUGUUCUGCAGAGUUUCAGCCAUGACGACCUCUUUUCCUUCGAUCCAGCUGAUGAUAUCCGUACCCGAAGGCUGAGGAUCCAUCAUCUGCUUGUACCCGGAGAAACGAGUACUGGUUUCUUGACUUGCAUACUUUUGACACAAGGAAGCCAGGAUCGAAAGAACGUGCUGAGGAGAGGCCAUUUUAGCCACAGCCAAAGCCGGCGAGCCACCCGGCAGAGCGUUCAAAACAACAGUCUUGACCUUCUUUAGAUGCUUACCCGCGGCCUGUACUGCAUCUAGUGCAAGUACCUCCUCAACUUUCUUCUUCUUUUCCAGAAUGUCCUUAAGGUGGACAUCCAUGCUUGCUUCUUCCAGCAGAGAAUAGACCUUGUAGAGCCAAUCCCCGAAGCGAGGCAAGUCUUUGCUACUGCCCGAGAAUUCCUCGAGGCGAGUAGUGUUCUUAUCUUCGGCGCCCAUUUUGAAUCUACAAAAGAACGGUGAAGAAUUUAAUUAUUCAGGCUAUGCAAAUGCAAACUGGUGAGGCUAUAAAAAAAAUUUUAUGUUUUCCCUGAAGCUAAUGGCCUCAAAGGUAUAGAAUGUUAGAACACUGAAAACCUAGAAAACUAGACCCGCAGGGGAGUCAAGUUGGAAACAGUAUCCCCUUCACUAUACCUGCGAAGGUUGGAGCAAGUCCAUUCAGUUUGAUGAUUCUCAUGCAGUUCCAAAGUGUGCUUGUUCAUGUCAAUGAGUAUCAAACUACUUGCCACGCUAGGGAUCUCGGUGCUGAUGUUCUCGAUCCCGAUAGUAUUCCAUUCCUAUGGUGAUCAUCCUGAUGGUGAUCCCCUUGGUGUGAUCUUGUUGAUCUUUCUACUGGUGUGAUUCUGAUCCUGUAGCCAUUUGGUUCACGAUCUUGGUGGACCUCUUGACUGAGAUCCUUGAGCCGUUUCACGUUGUUGAUCUAUCCAUUAUCAUUCUGCCCAACAAUCACGAAGCCAAGAAAUGAAACAGAAAUUGAACAAGUAAGGGACUAUUCAUUGUGGUGAUCUGUAAAAGGAAGUAAGAAGCUGAAGAUGAGAACUUUACGAGAGAAAUUACGAGAGAGACAAAAGCAAUAGGUUUUGUGCUCUACCUAUGGGAUCUGUUGUAGUCAUGCGAGUCGUCCUAGCCAGACGGCGCCGGCGGAGGUGCAUACGUACUUCUUACUGGCCUUAAGUUGUAUGGCGCCGGGAGGCGUCACUGCAGAGGGCGCUCGCGGUGACAUGCCUGGCCCUCUCUGCAUACCUAUCCGUUGACAUGGUCGCUCUCGGUCUUAAAACUUCUCCCACCUGACUACCCCAAUCUCCCCCACCUCUUGGAACGCCUCUCGUCAUUUGUUUUGGAAUUAUAAUAAGUACUUAACAGACCUCUACUUUUCACCGAGUGUUGUGCGCGGAGACCAGCCACGCCCACGAAUUGCUAACAAAUUGGGGUAGAGCUUAGCUUUAGGUCCUUGGUGAGCUCUAACGCAGGAGAUCGCCGGGCUCUACGAUACUUGGAGUGGCAACAGCAACAACAAGAAGUGUAACGAUAUCUUCUCUUACGAACAACAGUGCCGGAGUCCGAAGAUCCGUCCCUAUCAAUGGAUACCCACCUAUCCAUUGAUACCCAUUGACCGAAGUGGUAUGAGGAUAGAUGGCAAUGCCCAGGGCUCGAAACGUCGUCUGAGUGAGUAGACAUCCGUGCUUGUUCUAAUUAUCGCACGAUGACAAAGAUUACUUUUAAGGCGACUUUGUUUCUUGCAGGAGGAAAUUCAUUGUCGUGAAAAAUUGCGUUCGUUGAAUACAUGAAGGAGAAGCAUAGCACCGUGCAUUCUUGUUAUUCUGGCAGGCGCCUAAAUAUAGAUGGAGUGCUCACCUCUACUCAGGACGGAGCGAGCACAAAAGAGUCACGAAAAUAACAAAGAUCAGAUGGCAACUACGAACCUAUUUAUUCUCAUAGUCGUCCUCUAAUAAGUCCGGACUGAGCUGAGAGGUUUGCGCGGGCCUGCUGUGCGUGCGCUCUUCGGUUUUCAUCUUGGGUUUAAGAGGCUGGACGACAGACUCCGGAAGGAGCGCGAACAACAGCGGAGAACGGAAGCGCAAGCGGGGAUGAAGGCGGGAGAGGAGAUCUCCGAGACUAGGCAGGGUACAAAAAACGUGAUGAUCGGCGAGGACUCACGUAUCCUUAAGGCUGUCGGUAGACGUGGGGUGUCCCAAUACUUUUCUAUAUAUCAGCCUUGUCCGAUCGCCGCGUGUAACUAGCUCGAGAUCUUGUGUUUUAAGCAUCUUUUUCAUCGUGCUUCUUGUUUUCAACAUUCUUUUUGUUUGGCUGAUCCUACCAAUAGGUUUAAUCGAUAUGGCUGGUCCUACUAAUGGGUUUGUUUUCAACAUUCUCUUGCUUGGGUUUAGUCGAUAUCCAUAUCGUAUCAUCUAUGGAAGUUUACAAGUGGAGUGGGGAUCCCCACCUGUAGCUCUCUUAGCGCUAGGACAUCAGUCCCAUAAGUAAACGGUCUGGCAAUUUAUUACCGAGAGUUCUAACCUAUUGAUGCCAAAGAUUCCAGUUAUUCUUAAAGCAGUGGAGUCUCUGGACAGGAACCACGACGUAGAAAAUGACGCAUUAAGGGUGGUUUUUGAUUAAUCUUACCCUAGGUAGAGAAGUAAGAAUAUGGAUGGGUGUACUUGAGUUGUGAGAACUAUAUCCCCAGAGAAAUAUCUUGAAAGAUUUUGUGACUCUUCAGGGACGAAGUGGUCUCUGACUCCAGUUCGGCCCGUAGUCAAAGCCUCCUAAAGGUACAACUACCAAAGGCAAAGCCUGCUCUUAUAGUAUCUGUGACUAUGAUGUCUAAGAAAAGAGUAUAAUGCGAUUUUCCAAGAUUUCGUCGAUGGUUCGGAGCCGCCGAAGAUCCAUGAUCUGCUUAAUCGGGCGCGAGAGAGGGACCAGGGUAUCUCGGAGAACCUAGAAGAAUCUACUUCUUUAUGGGACGAUGGGCAUUCGUCAAGAAGGAAAUAGACUUGCACCUCAGAAAGGACGCUAGAACAGAUGCGAAAGCACCAGCAAAAUAGACUUGCUAUUGCCUUUCUGCUAUCUCAAUCAUUUUUCAUUCUAUACACAGAUAAGUGAGUAGCCUUUAGGCUGUUCAUCACGUGACGACCGUCUUUUCUACGCCAAUAAUUCUCGUAGAGAAUGAAUGCCUGGGGUCGUAUUCGAAAAAAUGAAGCUGUCGUGAAUCAAACGAAGAUUUUUGUUGAGAACCUUUGAAAAUUCGAGGUCGUGUUCUAACCACUGCACCAGAUGAAGAGAAGCCGACUGAAGAAGAACUCCAGGAACUCAAGAAGAUGCAAGACGAGCUCGCUAAGCAGCAAGGUGAGCUUCUCGCGCUUACUACUAGACUGGUUGAUAAGCAGAAGCAGUUUUGUGUCCCUAAGGAAGCCGCGCUGCGCGAGAAAGAAAAAGAGCUUGCUGGAAAGAAAGAAAAGCUAGCUAAGAAGAAGCUUGAGCUUAAGGACAUCGAAGACCAGCUGGUUGAGCAGCAAGAGAAGCUUACUACGGUGGAAUCCAGGCUGGGUACUAGGAACAGCGAGAUAGAGUCGCUGAAGAAGAGGGUGGAGGACGCAAAGACUACUCCAACGGCGAACCAAGAUGGGACGACAGGACAGAUGAAUCAGAAAGAGCAGCUAGAGAACCAGAUUCGAGAGAUCGAGGCCUUAAAGGCUGAAGUGAAUGAGGUGCUUGGCAGCACAGCCGAAGACGAUGCGAUAACGGAGGGCCUGGCAGCAGCAAUUAAGGAUGAUCGUUCAUGGUACUCAAAAACUUAAUUUCGGAAAGAAAUAUGAUUCAUUUUUCCAAUACGGAGCUUCGUUUUUUCCCUACUCCGCAUUCUUCACGAUUCUUUGUCGUAGUGCUGCGAUAGUUACAAUUAUCCUGAGGGAUCCAAUCAAGAGCUACAGCUCUAACGACCUGGAAGGAGAAGAUCCGGAAGAGAAGCUUGUCACCACUAAGGAGAAGCUGGCGAAGGCGACGGAGGAGCUUGCCACCACUAAGGAGAAGCUGGCGAAGGCGACGGAGGAGCUUGCCACAAAGCAAGGCGAGCUGGAUACGGCGAGCCAGGAGACAACGAAGCAAAGAGGAAUCCUAAAAAAUCUGCGGAAGAAGGAGAGGGCUCUCAAAGAAAAUGAGAAGGAGCUAGCGGCAGCAACGGCGACGAAUGUGGAGGAGGCAGUUAUGAAUUAUUCUUGGUGAAAGUUCUUGAAAUAUUCGUAUCGAUCUCGCAUCUUUCGUCCCGUUUUGGGCUUUCCCCAUUCUCAUCUGUUGUAGUACGAUAGGGAUAGUCAUGAUUAAGACCGAACACCUGAAGGAAAGUCAUACAAAGCAAGUCAGAUAGAAAUCACAGUCACAAGCAACACAGUCGUCGAAGUUCUAGCUGAUAAUAGAGUCCACAAACACAACGUUAACAUAGGGUCCCCAUUGAGAUAGUUGUCACGAGACAGGCAAAAGAGACGCAAGAUAAUACAAAGCAACGAAUGAGAUGAUCAUAGCCAAGUAAUUGAAAAAAAGACAGAGAGUGGUCACGAUCAAUCAUAGACUCGAUGGAAACAGAUUGUACUCAGAAUGCUGCUGCUGGGGUCAUCUCCUGUCUGAGUCUCCCAUAUAGGAAAUUCGUAGAAGGUCUUUAAUUGUACCACCGACCAUCUACGUUUGAUUGUACCAUCGACCUUGACCUUAGGUAGGAUACCUCAAUCUCAAUGUUAUAUAUAAGUAUAACCACGUAGAGGCCACAUCAAUAUGAAUAUGCUGAUAGAAGUAUCUGGUGGACUAAUCAAUGGAAACGAACUGCCUCUUCUAAGAAAGGGAUGCGGCUCACCCAAUUACAAAAGGACGCCACAGAGGCAGAGGCCACAGCUUCGGAGAAGACACAGGAGCUAAAAGCCACGGAAACAUCGCUGGCCACCGCGAAGAGCGAGUUGGAAUUAUGGCAGCUACUUUACUGGUUGGUUACUAUCUUCAUCUUUUGUGGGGUAGCCUGAAGAUGCAGGUCUACGUAGUACGAGAACCUAAGUAAGUAAGAAGCUCGAGUUUAUGGUAAUCCUAAUUAAUAGGGAACUAAUCACCUCCUCGUCUAAUGGAAGGAAGCACAACUGCGCUAUCCGCUCUGCAGGAAAAGGUGGCCACGGAGCAGACAGAGCUUGCCACGGCAACAACGCGACUCGAGGAGGUGAACACUGGGAUUCAAAAUGAGGAAAGUAUGCUGGUAGAAAUAACAGAAACUCCACCAGGAGCAGACCAAGAAUCUGGUGGAUCAGGAGGGCUAGCAGAGCGCCUUAAAAGGCUCCAGAAUCUCAAGGCGGCAGCGGACGAGAAGCUACAAGAUUAUGAGGGCUUAUUUCAAAAAGAAAAUUUCGUUUUUUGGUUUACAACAAAGAGACUCAUAGUAGUUUCCUUCUAAUUGCAUCUAGGAAAUUCGUUCUAGCUUAUUAAAAGAAGUGCUCACGACGUGCUGAUUAAGUAUAAUACACAUUAUGUUCUGUGAGACUGUGGUCUUCUUUACGUUUACGUUUACCUGGCGAAGAAAAGAACACGAUAUAUGUGAUUACAUCGAUCUUGUCAGAUGAUGAGCUCUAAAAAAGGGCGCAGACGGCGCUAGAACGUGCUGAAGCAGAGGUGGCGCCAAAGACAAAAGCGCUCGAGACAAAGACUGCAGAGGCGGCGAAGGUUGCAGCUGAGGUCACGGCAGAGCAGCAGAGGCUUACGAGUAGUCUUAUAAUAUAUAAUGGAGUUUGUGAUUUUCGUUUCGCUUGUAACAUGGAAGGAAAGAUAUGAAAAGCAAAACGGACACGAGUAACCUGAACACUGAGACGAGAAAUAGAGCUACCGCUAAUACACUGACGUCUUUGGAACGCGAAGAAACUGUUCUCGCUAGUCGCAGCCGCGAACUCGAAUCUGCUGUCGCAGAUUUGCGGACUCGGGAGACUGCCCUGGAAGCCGAAGAAAACGACUAAGGGGGAUCGUCAUACUAGUAUACAUAGUAGUACUUAAAUAAAAAUAUAUGUAUACAUAGAGUCUUUCUUAUCGUUCUUCCUCAUCAGGGAUCCGUUGUUCGAUUACAAGAAUGAUGUCACAAGGUGGGGGAAAUCAAGAAAUCCACGUUGGCGUUGAUGACUCUCAUAGUCAUGCUCUACCUCUUCUAACAACGAGCACGAGAGGCGCAAGCCGCGUUAGCGGGUGAAAUUGUCGCUGCUGGAAAGAAGAGCACUGCUGAGACAGAAGAGCUACGAGACAGUGAGACCGCCUUUCAAGAGACGAAGGGCCGCUUGCAGAACGAGGAGACGACUCUGGCCGAAUCUGAGCGUAAGCUCCGUGAGCAAAUAGCCAGAGUCAAUGCUGAGAUCGCUGUCGCAACGCAGCAGGUGACGGAAAAGGCGGAGGAGAAGGAGCAGCUGAACUCCAGGAUAGAGUCAAUAGGGAAUGAGGUGGUUCAGCUUACUGGCGAAGUCGCUGCGCAAACGAAGACCAAAGAAGGCGCCAGCAGAAGUGUCGCAGAACUAACAGGACAACUCGAAGUGGAGACAGAAGAAGCAAAGCAGGCGAGAGAAAGGUUCCGGCUUGAGGAACAAGGGCUCGCUUCAGAGACGGCUGCCGCCAUCGAAAGAGCAAAAAGCGCAGAUGCUGAAGUCGCUUCCGCUAACGAAAAGGCAAGUACCGCAGAAGACGAACUCACUCAGCUCACAACUGCUACGGAAGCUCACAUCGCUCGACUCAAGAGCGAAGCGGCAGCUGAAGUCACUACAUCUAGGGAGACAACGACCCGUGUGCAGGCUGAGCUAGCUGCGGCGCAAGGUGAAGUCGCUGCCGCCACCGGGAGGGAAAUCGCAGCGGAGGGCGCAGCUACUAGAGCUCAACAGAGCGAGCUCGAAGCAAAUGCACAGCAACGGAGCGAGCUCGAUGAAGCAAAUAGACAGCAAGCGUCGCGAAUUUCCACACUGGAAUCUGACCUGAAUGUUGCUAAGGGGGAUGCAAAAACGGCAGAGGAGCGAGCCACUAUAGCUGAGGCUAAAACCGCAACUUCUGAGAUUAAGGCUCUUCUCAUGAAUCACGUAGACGUAAAAAGAAUCUCAGUAGUACUUUGGUCUUCCUCGGUCCAUCUCAUUAUUCCCAUGUCCUCAGACACGACAUGGCAAUGAUAGAUAUUUUGCAGAUUUCUUUUGUAAGAAAUAGCUACAAACAGUCUUUAAGGAGUUAUGCUUAUUAUCAGGGAAGUACUUAUGCUUAUUAUGUAUUUCAUUUUUUCAAACGGAUCCUAACAUAAACGUGGCCACAAUAGUUUUAUUAAACAGUUGGAUUUCUUCCUUUUUUUUGUGUAAUUUUGUUUCCUAGCUAGACGUGCUCCACCGGUCUUAUUAUGUAUUUCAUUUUGUAAUCUCAAUUUUUUUUCAACUCGGAGAUAUGAGAUCGUGACGACCUCUAAUAUAACGCAGAUGCAACUACUCGAGGCACAGCUUCCAAGCGGGGCCACAGGACCUUGGAAGUUGCGAAUCCAGCUCGUUGAAGAAGAAGCAGAACUCGCUAGUGCCGAAAGAGCUUCUGCUGGCACCGAAGAGGCUGCGACCAGAGUGAGCACACUCGAGCAGGCGGUAGCCCGCGUCAAAGCAGAGGUGGGAGAACAACAAGCAAAAUAUGACGAAAUCUCAGGUCUGCAGUCAGAGCUAUGGGACGCUGAAGCUGCACUUGACGAGCAGUCUGCCAAGGUCUUGAUGUUGAAGCUUGCCGAGCAUAACGUAGAUGAAGCCUCUCCUAGUACCACUUCCAGAAAUCCAGAACAAGAUCAGGAGGAGGUUGAUCAAGAAACAUCGUCGACUGCUUCUGUUGAGCAACUACGCUCGCAUCUGCAAGUAGAGCAGGAAAAACUCGAAAAGCUCGAAAAGACAGAAACUGCGAUCAAAUUGGAGCUGUCUGAAGCACGACGCGAAUUAUCACCUCCAGGAGCGAGCCGCAAUGGGGCUGCCGAACCAUCUCAGGAUCAUGCUGCUAUGGCAACUACAACUUCAACUGUGAUAAAGAUUGGUCUCGCCCGGACUUUCCUUAUCUUUAUCACCCAUUUUCAGGGAGAACCAUCUCCAUCUUGUCCUUGGUAUUCUUUGUUCCCUCAUUCUUUUGUCAUCAGGAAUGUUGGCAAAAGGGACAUAUGCAUGCAUUUUGUCAUAGGUUGCUGAGUAGUUGUAGUUGCAUAUCCCACUUACAACAACCUAGGAACAAGUGAAGAAUUUGAGUGGCUCUGUCUACGCACUCAGAAGAUGAAUCUUUCGUGACUCUACUUACGCACUCUAAGCAUCACCCAAGUGCUGGAGCUGAUCCGGAAGCUGAAUCAGCAGUAGACAAGCAUGCACAAGCAAGAAAGGCAUCUCGGGAGGCGGUACAAGCCGCGUUGACGGCUCUGGAGAAAGCCGCCUCUGACAAGGAGGAGCUUCAGGCAGAAUUGCGACGCGUAAGGGGCGAGCUGGCAAACGCGAAAAAUACUGACGAUCGACAAAAUGUCCGCAAGCUCACAGCCAAGCUGAAAGCAGCUGAGAAAGCGCUAAAAAACUCUCAACAAGGCGAAACAGUACUAGACUCCUCCGAUAGCGAGCUCUCAUCCACCUUUAGUAGCCCUGAUGUUCCUCAUCGUCCGGGCAGCAGUCAUGAUCUUUCUUCACUGUCACAGGCUAGUACUAGGACUCGUCGAGCAGAAGAAGGCCCUUCUGCAACGUCUACUUCUUCUUCUGUUAGCACAAGUAGAAGUAGCAAAGAGGAGGUGACCACACCGUUUAUCACCUGCAUCGGAGAAGCUUGUGGCGGUCUGGAGGAAGGAACAGAACAAGGGCAUCCUGCAACUGAAGAAGUAGAUCCUGCAACUUCUAUUCAAGUAGAUGCUCGUGUCACACGCACAACUUCAUUUUUUGAAGGAGUGGGACAAGUGCGUGCAGAUGCACAAGCCAAUACAGCGACAGGCGUUACGCUAGCCAAUCCAGCGACAGACGCUCCAGCUGUACAACUAGACGAGGAAACUACAACAGCUGGACCGGGACAAGAAGAAGCAAGUACUUCUUACUGAUAAAUUUGCGCAUGAAUAUUGAUGAUCAUACUGAAUCAAGGAAGUGCGCUGGAAUUCUCUGGAUCAUGUCUAUCAGAAAUCAAUGAGAAGAGAUCUUUUGCUUGCAUUGAAAAAAAACCUUCUCGUGAUUGACCGAGCCAUGAUUGUUUGUUCAUCAUCCAAAAUUGCAAUUACUUUUCUCAACACUAGGUCAAGAUGCGGCGCAACCAGCACCUGGAAGUACUGCGGCAUCACCUCCUGACGAUGGUGAAGCGGCAUCCUUCUUAGACGAGGAACCAGGGGCAAACCAUAUGGAUACUUUGGAAGAGAAAGGCCCACCAGUCGUAGCCGCGGGAGAAGGUACUAACUAAGUAGUAUAAAUAUUACCCACUAGUAACUUUUUCUUAUUUGCUGAUGACUAUUGAAAUUGAAGGUUUUUAUGCUGUCUCAUUAUGCUAAGUCUAAGCUUACUACAACGAGCAGAGCAACACUAGGCAGCACGUAGAUCAUGCGAGUCACUUUGUUCAUGCAAAUGAUUGCAUCUUUUAGACUCAUCACAAGGCGAGAUGGAUCGACCGCCUGAGCUUAUUGCGGCAUCAACGCCUGAAAGUAUUGCGGCAUCGCCUGGCAAUAAUAUCACGGCGUCUUUCUUAGACGAGGAACCAGUGGCAAACGAUAUUUCGGAAGCGAAUCCAAAAAUCGGCGUAGGAGUGGGUACUAUACUUACUUCUCCUCUAGUAGAGACUACUGAUGCUGUUUAUUGAAGGUUUCUGUUGUCUCAUUAUGCUAACUCCAUAAGUUUACUACAACGAGCAGAGCAGUAUGUAGCAUGUAGAUCAUACUUGUCGACAGAAAGAAGCCAUAAGAUGAAGAACUUCUUCUAAAAAAAGCCGCCAUCUUCUACUAGGUUCCCAGAAAUCUACUUCGCUUCCAACGGAGGAGCCCUCUUUUCUUGAGGAGCCACGCGUUGUUUCAGGCCAUGAGAACAACUCUCAUCACGAUGCUGAUGCGCAAGGCCAUCACGGUCCUGAACAUCAAGCACGAGGCAGCUCCACAAGUGGGCCAGGCGUUCCGGCCAUAAAGGAAACUACUGGAAGUACUUCUUACUGAUGAGUUGACGAAUGAUAUCGAUAUGGAUGAUCAUACUGAAUCAAGGACGUGCAAACGAUUCGCUGGAUGUCUCGCAGAAACCACUGAGGGAAGAUCAUCUUGUACGCGAAAAGAAAAUAGUCUUCUCCUCAUGAUUGAUCGAGUCACUUUGUUCAUGCAAAUGAUUGUAUCUUUAAACUCAUCACAAGGCGAAAUGGAUCGACCGCCUGAGCUUAUUGCGGCAUCAACGCCUGAAAGUAUUGCGGCAUCGCUUGGCAAUAAUAUCACGGCGUCUUUCUUAGACGAGGAACCAGUGGCAAACCAUAUGGAUACUUUGGAAGAGAAAGGCCCACCAGUCGUAGCCGCGGGAGAAGGUACUAACUAAGUAUCUAUAAAUAUUACUCACUAAUAACUUUUUCUUAUUUGCUGAUGACUAUUGAAAUUGAAGGCUUUUACGCUGUCUCAUUAUGCUAAGUCUAAGUGUAAAACAACGAGCAGAGCAAUACUAGGCAGCACGUAGAUCAUACGAGUCACUUUGUUCAUGCAAAUGAUUGCAUCUUUAAACUCAUCACAAGGCGAGAUGGAUCGACCGCCUGAGCUUAUUGCGGCAUCAACGCCUGAAAGUAUUGCGGCAUCCCCUGGCAAUAAUAUUACGGCAUCCUUCUUAGACGAGGAACCAGGGGCAAACCAUAUGGAUACUUUGGAAGAGAAAGGCCCACCAGUCGUAGCCGCGGGAGAAGGUACUAACUAAGUAUCUAUAAAUAUUACUCACUAAUAACUUUUUCUUAUUUGCUGAUGACUAUUGAAAUUGAAGGCUUUUACGCUGUCUCAUUAUGCUAAGUCUAAGUUUAAAACAACGAGCAGAGCAAUACUAGGCAGCACGUAGAUCAUACGAGUCACUUUGUUCAUGCAAAUGAUUGCAUCUUUAAACUCAUCACAAGGCGAGAUGGAUCGACCGCCUGAGCUUAUUGCGGCAUCAACGCCUGAAAGUAUUGCGGCAUCGCCUGGCAAUAAUAUCACGGCGUCCUUCUUAGACGAGGAACCAGUGGCAAACGAUAUUGCGGAAGAGAAUCCAAAAGUCGGCGUAGGAGUGGGUACUAUACUUACUUCUCCUCGAUUGAUAACGUUUUUCUUGAGAAGGUUUACGUUGUCUAAUUAUGCUAAAUCUAAGUCUACUACAACGAGCAGAGCAGUAUGCAGCACGUAGAUCAUACUUGUCGACAGAAAGAAGCCAUAAGAUGAAGAACUUCUUCUAAAAAAAACCGCCACCUUCUACUAGGUUCCCAGCAGGAGUCUACUUCGCUUCCAACGGAGGAAGCUUCUUUUCUUGAGGAGCCACGCGCUGCUUCAGGCCAUGACAACAAGCAUCAUCACGAUACUCCUGUGCUGAAAGAUGGCCCUGAACAUCAAGGAGACGCAGCACCACUCGUCAAAUUACGGCUUCUUCCACAAGAAAUCCAUCUUCGCAAGCAUCCUGGUAAGAUUAUUUCUUCUAAGGGGGGCAAAUGUUUCAUUACUCUUUAAUUCAGGCUGGAUUUCAUUUGUAGGAGGUCCGUCUAAGAAAGGAUCCUGAACAAGUAGAUGGCGUCACCAUCACAGGUGGCCGUGGCGCAGCAUCUGAGGCGCUGAACAAUGGACAAGAAAUGGGUCCUCAUGUGAAUGAGGAGGAUACCUAUGAUCUGAUUCAGGAGGAUGAUCCCGAUCAUUCUAUUUUGUCAAGUUUUCUCUCUGGUUACAUUCUAUGCACCGACCAGUGUUAAACAUAAGCGCGCGCCCUUUCAUAGCAUCAGUAGACAACAAACUACUUUUUGACUUGUUUGCUUUCUGGCUUAUUUCUGGUCGUGUUGGUUUUGCUUGUUUUUUCUUCUUGUCGGAUUUCGUUGCUUUUUCCUAAAAUUUGGCGAAACUCCUCUCGGCCGCCAUCGAAACUCUUCUCGGCAUAAGCAUGCCUUUCUUGUGCUACUGAGUACUUCGGUAGGGGUCAUUUUAGUAGCACAAGAGAGCUGCGUGUAUGCGUAUGGGUGGCGCCGGGAUGAAGGUUCUGCCUAGGGUCUACUGGUGCGCGACGUAGGGUGUGCGCUUUUUCUCUCUCGUCUAAUGUCUUUUGUUUAGUUUCUUCAAAACAGAAAAAAAAGUGAUGUAGGUAGGUAAGUAAGAUUAGUGGAGGAUGUUACCUUGUACAAAUUAUAUGAAUUUUGACAUGAAUUUAGAUGAUGAUGCUGAUGGUAAUGGUAUAUUCUUGUACAAAUUAUGUAAGUUUUGACAUGUUAGAGUAGAUAUGAAAGAAAUUAGGAAAAAAAAAACGUCAAAAUUCGAUGAAUAAGAACUGCAAUGAGGAUACAAGACGAGCAGUGAUAAGUAACGGCUACGGCUUAGAAGGUUUUGAUAUUAAGAUAGAGAAAAAAACUGAAGUUAUUAUAAAGGCAGGUGAUAUUAUCCUACAGAAAAGAACAACUGUACUACAAUGGCAUCACCAGUAAUGAUGAGACCCGACCACAACGACCUCCAAAUAAGAAACUCUGAAAUUUCUACUUGAAAUUAGCUAGAGUUGUAGCUGCUGAAAUUAAAUGGGACCACUUGGAGACCAAGCAGGAAAAUAGACAAUAGAAUGCGGCAAGCAAUAAAGCUUCUAAGCUGACGACUCGACACCGUCUGACAGGUCAUCAGAGGGCAAGAAGUGACAUUGUACAAUUUGGAACUUUCGUUGAUUGCUAGGUAGAGGCUUAGAUUCGUUAACAGCUAGUAGAGGUUAAGACCGUGGAUGUGCGUACCAAAAAAUAGAAAUUCAGAAAAACUGAGUUAAUUCGUUCUUGUAGUCUCUACCUUCUCUCCCGCGCCGACCAAUACAGCCGACCACGAUCUACGCGAGAGGUAGAGGUAACUUUCGUCGUCCAUAAUUAAGUAAGAACAGCUAUGUACACGUGAUAAUUUAUUAGAAACCAACUUCAAUAAUAUCAAGAUUAUUAAGUCCUACGUUUGUUUCAAGAGUAUUUUUUGAGUCCGAACAACGGUUAAUUGUUCGAUGAAACAGAGUAUUUUUUGAGUCCGAACAACGGUUAAUUGUUCGAUGAAACAGAGUAUUUUUUGAUUGCGAACAACAUUUAAAAAAGUCCAGUUUCGAUCCAUUGCUAAGUAGUGUUUCUUAAUCAAGUAUGAAUAAUCAAAGUCUGUGUACAAGUGAAUGUUGAGUACUGAAAACAAACAUCCGUUUCCGUCUAACUAUUCUUGAACAGGAGAACAAAUCAUCUAGAUAUAUAUGAGAUAGAGAAGAACUUCUCGUCGUCCUUAAGGAAAAUCAAUAAACAGUGUCACCGUUUCGAUAGAUGAAUGAUAAACAAAAGUAUGAAACAAGAAUAUGUCUGAUAGAUGUGCCAUAAUUUCCCCAGAUUGCUUGAAAUUGAAAAAGAAUCCCUAGUCACCUAGAUUGAUUUCCAGAAAAAUAUCAUAGAAGAUUCCCUAUAAUUUCUGUUUUGCGACCCCACCGCCCAUGACUCGACCCCGCUCACGACUGAAAAUUCAUCACUUAAAAGUUGUCAUAACGUUAGAGUUGGUUGCCUACGCCCAAAGGGCAGCAGAUGGUAAGGCAGCAGCAGC